AUGAAUCACAGAGCAUGCUCACUACAGUGGUGGCUAUAGUAGCACUAUUGCAGUAAUGUGGGCUACGUAAUGCGCCCACUAGACGCUUGGCAGCCUAAUGUUAUGCUAACAAUAGAGUAUUAUUAACUCGAAGAGCGUAAAGUAGGCAUUUCUUUUUUCCCAGGUUAAACUCGUCAUGAGGUCCGAUUUGCGAUAUUUUAGCAAUAAAGCCAGAGAGCAUCACUUCAAAGACACAGUUUAGAAUGGGCUAUACACGACUACAACUUCCUCGCAUUGUGUGCCGGUUUCUUCAACUGCCGUUCUAUCCACAGCUACAAUCGAAUUUGGUUUCCCUUCCCCGACUGCACACGCAGGCGCUAACAAACGGAGCUCAUUCAAACAGCUGCCCACCUCUACCAGAAAUCAGAUGCGUUGUGCGGGGAGCGCUUUGUUGAAAGGCCUUUUCGUUUCAGACCUUAAGCGGACAUCGGGGGGUUUCUUUGUAGUUGCUAUUCUUUUAAAUGAUUUACAGUGGAAUGGAGUAAAUUGUGCGAGAGGAACGACAUUAAGCAGUUUCUGUGCGUGUGAUGAUAGGAGACACAAUGACGCUGUUGUCUCUUUUAGGUCGGAUCAUGCGUUAUUUCUUACUCAGGCCAGAGACCUUGUUUUUGCUAUGCAUAAGCUUGGCUCUGUGGAGUUACUUCUUCCAUACGGAUGAAGUGAAGACCAUUGUGAAAUCCAGCCGUGAUGCUGUGAAAAUGGUGAAGGGAAAAGUGGCAGAGAUCAUGCUGAACGAUAGACUUGGAGGUCUGGAUGUCGCGGAUGCUGAAUUCUCUAAAACCUGGGACUUCAAAAACAACAAUGUAGCAGUGUACUCCAUCCAAGGCAGGAGAGACCACAUGGAAGACCGCUUUGAAGUAAUCACUGACAUUGUUAAUAAAAGUCACCCGUCCAUAUUUGGGAUAUUCGACGGUCACGGUGGGGAGACGGCUGCUGACUACGUGAAGGCACACCUGCCCGAGGCCCUCAGGCAGCAGCUCCUGGCUUAUGAGAGGGAGAAGAGGGAGAGCCAGCUCUCGUACCCUGCUAUCCUGGAGCAGCGCAUCCUGGCAGUAGACCGCGACAUGGUGGAGAAGUUUUCCGCCUCCCACGAUGAAGCAGGUACAACAUGUUUGGUGGCCUUACUCUCAGAUAGAGAGCUGACAGUAGCGAAUGUGGGGGACUCCAGAGGUGUUCUGUGUGACAAAGAUGGAAAUGCAGUUGCUCUGUCACAUGACCACAAGCCUUAUCAACUCAAAGAGAGAAAGAGGAUCAAGAGAGCUGGUGGUUUCAUUAGUUUCAACGGCUCCUGGCGUGUCCAAGGCAUCCUGGCCAUGUCGCGCUCUCUGGGAGACUACCCACUGAAGAACCUCAACGUGGUUAUCUCUGACCCUGAUGUGCUGACCUUCGACCUUGAUAAGCUCCAACCUGAGUUUAUGAUCCUGGCCUCAGAUGGACUGUGGGAUGCCUUUAGCAAUGAGGAGGCAGUGCGCUUUGUUCGUGAGCGCCUUGAUGAGCCACACUUUGGGGCCAAGAGUAUUGUGCUGCAGUCGUUCUAUCGUGGUUGCCCAGAUAACAUCACUGUCAUGGUGGUCAAGUUUAAGAGUGGGCCUGGUGGCAGGGUGGCAGAAUAGACUUGGAACUGAAAGAGGAGAGGACAUCUGCAAAGAAUUCCAACACAAACUCUUUACCUUGAUGGGUACAGUAUAAUGUACUGGCACACACAUCUCAAACACUGUUGUUUAUGAAGAAAUAACAAUAUUGUUCUCUUAAUGACUGCUGUAAAAUGAACACAGUUCAGUGUUUUUAGAGUCCUUGUCUGAGAAACAUACAGCUGUUAUGCAUCAAAGAGCAACAUUUUUUUAAGUUCAGUCACUGGAAAAUUUGAAGGAUUGUCUUUUUUUAACCUAUGCAUUCAGGUGUACCAAGUACUGUUUACUAAUGAUAACGGCACUGCAUAUAAUCAAAACGGCAGGUAGUUAUGGCACUGAUAUAGUCCUGAGAAAUGCAUUUUUCUCUUUUUGUUUCCUCAAGUAACUAAACAUAAUCACAAAAUGCCUGUGCUUACUGCCCAGUCUCUCAUUUGCCUACUGAAAGACAGGAUCUGAUUCAACCUGCAUGGCAUCCCAUACUGCGGAGGACAGAUCUGUGGAUAACUACUGUAGUAUGACUUCCCAAGCACAAUGGCCAUAGUAGGCGCUUGAAAAGGUCAGGUGCUUUGUGAUAUUUCGUUUGUUAAUAUGUUUCAGGAUAAAUGGUAACCGGUCACAAAUGGUAGCAUAGUUAACUGACCAGCUUUGCCAAUUGUACUGUCAUUGUCUGCUGCUUCGUUAUGUCACUCUAAUUAUUUAGUAGUAGAAGUAGCCUUACUGAACUGUAUAUUACAAUCAUAUUUUGUGGCCUUUUUCCUUUGCCAGUGAGGCCAUUGCCAAAUAAAACAUGUGCCGAUAUCAGUCAAAAGACAUGUAAAGUAAAACAAAAAUGCAAUGUACAAUAUGCCAUCCUCUCCCCCUUGCAUGCACAUCUGAAACUAGUGUUACAUCAAAGAAGCCGCAUUAUUCACCAUGACCCUGAAAUGCAACAAAAAGCGUAUGAAAUUUCAAGGGAGCGAAAUGCUAGAUUAUAGUGUCUCCACACCGCUGUAGUCGUUGUUGUUAUUCAUAUGUGGGGUCAUGGUUGGGACAAUAAAUGAUAGUCAGUCACAAAGAUGACA